CGACAGGUACUCACUCCUCUGUUCUCUCUCGCCCGUCUCGCUCUAAUUCAAAAUGCUAUGGAGUUAGAAAUUACAGAGAAAUGAGAUUGAAUCGGGUUUCUCAUACUCAGAUUUUUAGUUGAAUCAUAUUCUUUCAAGUUCUUUAGGUUGGUUGAUUCUUCUCUGAUCGAGUAUAGCCUUACAGAUUUCCAGAAUUUGGGAGGAUUCUGGUUUGGAGAUUUCCAAGCAUCGUCUUUAGAUCGGCAAGAUGGUGUCAUUCGAGAUGAACGACCGGAAAAAGAUCGGGCUAGGAUUGACAGGGUUUGGCAUAUUUUUCUCAUUUCUGGGAAUUAUUUUCUUCUUUGACAAGGGAUUUCUUGCCAUGGGUAAUAUACUCUUCUUGUCAGGGUUGAUGUUAACUAUUGGACUGAAGUCCACCAUGCAGUUCUUCAUGAAACGCCAGAACUACAAGGGUACAAUCUCAUUUGGUUCUGGCUUCUUCUUCAUCCUUGUUGGGUGGCCUAUCCUAGGCAUGAUGUUUGAAGCAUAUGGGUUCAUCGUACUUUUCAGUGGUUUCUGGCCUACACUGGCAGUUUUUGUUCAAAGGAUACCAAUUCUUGGUUGGGUGUUCCAACAGCCAUUUGUAACUUCGUUCUUCGAUAGGUACAGGUCUAGACGUGUGCCUGUAUGAAGUUUCUGAAUCAAUGGAGGAGCAAAGAAGCACUACAAGACAAUUCUCUCCCUGUAAGAUAACAUCUGACCACGAUCCAAUGUAUUGUUUUCGCCCACAUUGUGUGGAGCUAAAAUGUUCCACUUGAUUUGAUGAUAUGACCUUGUAUAAUUCUAAAUUCGUUUAAUAAUCAAUUUCCUCUCA